UGCAGAAAGUGACAGAUGUGGGCGUGUAGUUGGGAGUUUAGAAAGGGACAACCCCCCAUUCCAUUUUCAAACGUGUUCAUUUCACUGGUUACUGUCAGAGCCACUGCACCACUUGCAUCACAAAAUGGGUCCCUACACAAUCACCUACUUUGGAGUCCGAGGGCGCUGUGGCGCUAUGAGGAUCAUGAUGGCCGACCAGGGCCAGGAGUGGAAGGAGAUCCUGAUGGACUUUGCUGACUGGACGAAAGGAGAUCUGAAAGCCUCUUGUGUAUUUGGUCAGUUGCCCAAGUUUGAAGAUGGAGGAUUGGUCCUGUACCAAUCCAAUGCCAUUCUGAGGCACUUGGGCCGCAAUCAUGAUGCCUAUGGGAAAGAUGGAAAGGAGGCUGCCCGCAUUGACAUGAUGUGUGAUGGCGUUGAGGACCUUCGUCUUAAAUAUGGAAAAAUGAUUUACCAGGAAUACGAUACUGGUAAAGACCAAUACAUCAAAGACCUUCCUAACCACCUCGACAAGUUUGAAGCUGUGAUGGUCAAAAACAAGACUGGUUUUCUCGUUGGUGACAAGCCUUCGUUUGCUGACUACAGUCUGUUUGAAGUGCUGCUCAACCACCUGGUGCUCUGCUCCAGUUGCCUGGAUACCUCCCCCUCCCUGAAGAGCUUUGUUGAGAAGAUGUCAGCCCGUCCCAAAAUCAAGGCCUUCCUGGGCUCUGACGCCUACAAGAAACUGCCCAUUAAUGGCAAUGGCAAACAGUGAUAUUCCUGAACAAUGAAGGCUAGAUUCCAUCCAUUUACCUUCGCUGUAACCUGAACGGUUUUGGAUAAUAGCAAUUUUUUACAAGUCCAUCUUACACAUUAGCCCACAAUAAACGUGUUAACUAUAUGUACAAUUGUUAGCUACUGAGUUGAUUAAUUGUAGUUUUCAUAUGUAAUAAUAAUAAUAAAUAAAAAAAAUUGAGAGAAGUAUCCAGGUCUUGUUGAAAAAAGCACGUUUGAACGUUACUGAAAUUAUUUGUAUACACAUCACUUUUAUUCUCUGCAAUUCUGUGAAUAUUAUGAUAACCAGCCAUGUAGCAGAAUGGUACAUACAGUAUGAGGAUUCCUGGUCAGUUGCACAAAUGACUGCAUUCAACCGAAAUGUGUCUUCCGCAUUUAACCCAACCCCACAGAAUCAGCGAGGUGCCUUAAGCAACGUCAUGGCCGAGUAGUUGUUGGGGUAGAACGGCUGAUUUAUACCUAAAUCCGCUUCUGAUUUGUAUUAGUCUAUAAAUAAAUCUCUUUGCCAAAAUUUGGCAUCUCUCCAA